AUGAUACCCGGAUCGGCCGCCUCGAUGCUCCCAUCCAUGUCGUCCGAUGACAUUAAACUAUACCAGCAUAACUACGUCCGCAACUCCCGUGCCAUCGGACUCCUGUGGGCCAUAUUCACCAUCCUGUUCGCCAUCUUGAACGUGGUGAUCUUCAGCCAGCCCUAUUGGAUCGGAGACGGCGUGGACACCCCUCAGGCCGGCUAUUUCGGCCUCUUCCACUUCUGCACCGGCGACGGGAUCCAGAGAGAGCUCGACUGCACGGGGACCUUCACCGAGUUCGCUCAGAUCCCUUCCACUGCGUUCAAGGCGGCGUCGUUCUUCGUUGGGAUGUCCAUGAUGCUGGUGAUGGCUUGCAUCGCUUCCUUCACUCUCUUCUUCCUGUUCUCCACCACCACCGUCUAUAAGAUCUGCGGCUGGAUGCAGGGGGCCUCGGGUAAGUGA